AUGGACUACAAUAUCUUCAAUAUCUAUGGCGAACAAAUGCAGAAAUACUUCGACCAUUACAACAUUGAUCUGGACGUUCACAAGACCAUGAUCGGAGAGAAAGCGAAAUCCAUUGACACCUUCCUGAGCAUCGUCGAUUCCAUGAACAAGUUUGGAAUCUACAGGAAGGAGCCUGUACUUGUUAUUGGCGGUGGACUCGUCACUGAUGUUGCUGGUUUUGCCUGCGCUGCCUACCGCAGGAACACGAACUACAUUCGCAUUCCUACCACCGUCAUUGGCCUGAUUGAUGCAUCAGUGUCCAUCGAGGUCGCUGUCAACUAUGGCAACUACAAGAACCGCCUCGGCGCCUACCACGCUCCAAUUCAUACCUUUCUCGACUUCACAUUUCUCCGCACUCUGCCGAGAGCCCAAAUCCGCAACGGUUUUGCUGAGUUGAUCAAGAUCCCCACGUGCGCUCAUUUGCCGACCUUCGAGUUACUCAACAAAUACUGCGAGCUGUUGAUCAACUCUGGCUUUGGUCGGUGUGAUGGUGCGACUGAAGAAGUACGAAAGGCUGCAGAUGCCAUCUGCAGGGCGGGCAUUCACGAAAUGCUGAAGCUUGAGACGCCCAAUCUUCAUGAGAUCGGGCUUGAUCGAGUCAUUGCAUAUGGUCACACAUGGUCGCCUUUGCAUGAACUUGUCCCAGAUGUGCCCCUUCGCCAUGGACAUGCGAUUUCAAUUGAUAUGGCCUAUUCAGCGACGUUGGCCAACAUGCGUGGUAUACUCAACGACAAAGACCACCAGCGAAUUCUGCGUCUCUUCUCGCGAGCAGGGCUAUCCAUGGAUCACCACCAAUUCGAUGAAGACAUCCUCGACAAAGGUACCAAGGCGGUCUUGAGGACCCGGGAUGGAAAGCUUCGAGCUGCAGUUCCGGGUCCGCUCGGAUCGUGUAUUUUUCUGAACGAUGUGUCUAUGGAGGAGAUGUAUGCAGCUCUCAAGCAACACAAAGCUCUGAUGAAGAGCUAUCCUCGCCACGGCGAAGGGAUCGAAGCAUUCGUUGACGCAAGUGACACUGGCUACACGGUGGAUAAUAAGUCAGUCGAGAGCAACGGCUUGUCGAAUGGCCCGAGCUCGUUGAAUGUGCUCAAUGGUGAGAACUAUAAGAAUGUCGUCCAAGCCAAUGAUCACAAAAAUGCCGACGGUAGACCGGUCAAGAGUGUUUCGAUCGCAACGAAGCACUCAUCGGAUCUUGAAAGAGUUACCAGCCCUAUCGGUGGCGGCACAGGCAACACUUCCGAUGGUCUGAAUGGUGAUUUCGCCAAGGGGGGCUCAGAUAGCAUUUCCAAGGAGUUGAAUGGCUACAGCAAGGGUGUUGAAGUGCGGGCGUGA